AAUGACUGCACAAAGACUCCGUCGCCGAACUAGCUGUCCGAUAUUGGGUCAUUGCUGAGACCGAGAGGGAGCCCGUCAUGUCACUCCUUUCCCGGAUUCUGUCUGUGGUUCUGGCCGUCAACGCCGUCCAUUCGGCCUCCGACUGGCCUGGGCCGCGACAAGUUAGCACCGACGUUGACGGGAACGAGUAUAUCGAUGCUGCCACUGUCGAGGGAGGUGAGAAUAUUCGGUAUUAUGUUGCGAACUUUGCUGAGAUGACCCCGACGGUUUUCUAUAACUGCAAGUGGAUGCCCACCCUGUGCCAGAACGCUGCUGCUUAUCUGGGAGCUGGCAAUAACGGACCGGUUGAGCUACACUACGACAGGAACGCAGGCCGGCGCAAAGAGCGUCGGCGCCACGCCUGCCCCGAUCGCUGGGCCAAUGUUCACUGUCUAAACCUCGUCGGACUACCAAACUGGUACACGACCAAUGACAAUGGUGCUAGGGACUACCCUGUAAUGCAGAAAUGCGACAAAGAGCCCAAGCGAUAUCACUACGAGAAGGUGAACGACUUCGACAAGGACGGCAACCCCAAAGUGGCCGCGACCGGUGUCAUCGCGUCCUGCGACGAGUUUCCUGCGGCUUCAUGGGUACAAGGUGGCUCCGGAGCUCAGACUAUAUGUGCACCGAACGGUAAAAAGAAAAAUGGGGGUGUAAAGGCAUGGAUGACGGAACAGAACUGGCAGGGAAAUAUGUUUGGCAACCUCCCCGCCUGGUUCAGCAGGUUCACACCGAAAGACCGCCUGGGGGCUGAGGACGCCGACCGCAUGUAUUCGAUUUUCAAGUUCAACUUCCAGAUGGUUAACCAACCUUCGAACGUUGACAUAACUUGGAUCACGGCCAACGGCGUGAAGCGCUACUGCACGGGGAUCCGCCCGACCAGCUGUAGUGCGACCCUUCGUCCAGGCGAACAGGAUAUCGUCGAUGAAAUCAACGAAGCAAUUCUGCAGCUGGAGGAAGACGUGAACACAGCAUCCCAGGCAAGGAUUGCCAAUAACACCGUGGCUCGCCAUGGCAAUGCAAAGCACCAGGAAAAGGCAGACGUGGGCAGUUUGGGAAUGGUCAUGGCGAGCUAGAGUGGGAUAAUGAAGAGAGCCGUAGGCCUUACAAGCCUUACACAAGGCCUGUUAGGCUUACCAAGCAAAUAAGCCUUACAGACUCAGUAAGCCUUGCAGCCACCCUACCAGAUUCAGGGGCUCCGAUUUGGCAAGCCG